AUGGAGGAGGUGGUGGAGGAGGUGAUGGAGGAGGUGAUGGAGGAGGUGAGGGAGGAGGUGAUGGAGGAGGUGAUGGAGGAGGUGAUGGAGGAGGUGAUGGAGGAGGUGGUGGAGGAGGUGAUGGAGGAGGUGAUGGAGGAGGUGAUGGAGGAGGUGAUGGAGGAGGUGAGGGAGGAGGUGAUGGAGGAGGUGAUGGAGGAGGUGGUGGAGGAGGUGAUGGAGGAGGUGAUGGAGGAGGUGAGGGUGGAGGUGAUGGAGGAGGUGAUGGAGGAGGUGAUGGAGGAGGUGAUGAGGAGGUGA